AUGCAACCCAUUCAAUAUUUGAAUAAUGCAAGACUAGCAACUUUGCUACACCGUUACAAGGAGCUGAACAUCAAGAAAAUGUUACAAAAAUCUAAGAUCUUUUAUAACAACGAAUGUUUACGUCUCAACCUGCUGCCUAGUUAUGCUAGAGGUAGACUAAGAGAACUUAACUUCAAUGCAACGAAGGCUAAACAAGUAAAAAUUCUGGGUAGAUCCAUCAUUAGGGAUGAGAUUCGGAAACUAUACCAACAUAUCUACACCAUUGACUUGCAACUGAAGACAAUCUACAAUAGCUUACAUAGAAGAAUGACAGCGCUCGAGUUUGAUGAAUGUAUGCGUGAUUUACAUGGGACUAUUAAUUUUCAUAGGAGUAGACAAUAUAGGAAACUUCAUGAUAAGAUCAAGAAACUUAAAUUUAUAACACAUAGAGUAAAUAACAAUAUUAUUUUGUCAAAUCAAUCUGUGUUUUCACAACUUAACAAUGACCAACUUGUGGUGGAUAGUAACAUAUUUUCAAAUAAUGAACUGUCUCUACUCCAAAAAGGUUUCAAAUUCAAUCCCCCCCAAUCUUCUAAAAAACAACAACUUAGAAAUCUAGAACUACUCGGAGUUGAGAGUGAAAGUAUCUUACAAUCAAUACCACUGGAAAACACAGAAGAAAUUAGGAGCAGUUUGAAAGUAUUACUGAAAAAAGAAAAGGAGGCUAUUUGUAACAACAGAAAGGGCUAUCACAGAAACCCUCUCAAUGAAUAUAAGGACACCAUUAAAUCAAUUGAUAAGAAAAUUAGUGAAAAUAACCUUACAGUCACUAAAGCAGAUAAAGGCAGCACUGUAGUUGUCUUACACACCCAAGACUACCAUCAAAAAGUCACUAAUUUUAUACUAGAUAACCAAUUUCUAACAAAAUCUGUCAAUAUUAAUACUUUCACUACUAAAGUUAGAACAGCCAUCAAUAAAAUCACUGAAGUUUUUGAUAAUACUACUAAAAAGAAACUUUUACCAUCUAAAGCAAACGUUCCCAGACUCUAUGGUCUCAUGAAAAUACACAAGACUGAUGUCUUUGAAAACAUACCAAUCAGACCAGUGGUAUCCUUUACUGAUUCUCCCACUCAUGCAUUAGCUUCUCACUUAAACAAAUUCCUUAAAACCUUUUACAACAAUAAAUUCGAUUAUGUAGUCUCUAACAACUUAAGUUUGACAAAUAAAAUUACAGAAGUUAAUCUUAGUGAUCUAACACCUCUUCAGGACAUGUCUUAUCUAGACACUGUUGUUUUAUGUCCACUGGGACCACUGGUGGUAGUCUGCGCCGUUGGUGGUGGUGGUGCACUGCUUGGAGGCUGUUGUUGGGCGGAGCAAUCAGAGGAGAAAGUUGGUUCUACGGUUCUUUUCAGAAUUUUUGAUCUAAAACAAAUUAUUAAUACAUGCAAAAUUUUAAGUUUCAAUGAAAGUUGA